CAACUCUCAUUGACCACAACAUUUCAGUUGAACAACAUGGACAACACGGAGCCGAUUUGCAGGAUUUGUUUGCUACAUCCCAAAGCUGAGACGCUUAUGGCCACGGAAUCGAAUUUUGUUGUACAAAUUAAACAAUGCACAGGCGUGCUGCUAACACAAGAUGAUCGCAUGCCAAAUAAAAUAUGCACAAGCUGUGCCCUGCUACUCCGAGCAGCUUUGAAGCUGCGUAGCAUGUGCCAGCAGGCAGAGGAGCAACUGCAAAAGCUGAAGCACGAACAGGAACAACAGCAGUUUCAGCCGGACAGUGGGAACGAAACGCCAUCGGAUUUUAUCGAUUCAUACGAGGUGACACUGGAAACAGCCAGUAUUGCAGGCAGCCAGGACAGUACAGAAGUUAUCACAAUAAAGCCUGCAACACCAGCACGGGCAAAUAUAAAAGCGCAGCCAUACAGGCCAAUCCGCCGUAAUCGCACAAUCGCCGGGAUGCCACCUACAUGUUAUCCAGAGGCGUCCAAACCUCUGGGUGUCACAUAUGUGUGUAAUAUCUGCAACAAUGUAUACACAGAGAAAGUGAAGUUAACAACACAUUUAAAACUACACAGUGUGCACAAACCACAUGAGUGCGAAAUCUGCCACAAGCGUUUCCGUCAGACGCCACAGCUGGCCCGGCACAUGAACUCUCAUACGGGUUUACGUCCAUAUAAAUGUGAUUACUGCGACGCUUCGUUUGCAGAUCCUUCCACACGAAUUAAGCACCAACGCAUCCACACUAAUGAACGACCGUAUAGGUGCAAAUACUGCCCAAAGUCCUUUGCCUACUCCAAUGUGUUGAAUGUGCAUCUCAAAACUCAUACGGGAGAGCGACCUUUUAGCUGCCAAUACUGUGCUCGACGAUUUUCCCAGGCACACCAUAAGAACACACAUGAACGUUCGCACAGAGCGAACAAAGAACUGGAUAUUGCAGUGAUAACAAUGGAAGAGGAGUAAUUUCCAUUGGGGCUAGAGUUUAAGCAAGCACUUUUUAGUACAACAAUAAAUAUAUAAA